AGAUUUCGACUUUUCUUCUUUUUUGUUUAGUUUAAUUGUGACAUCAUAAUGUCAAGUAUGUCUGACAGCCAAUCAGCAUCGAGCUCAACAAAGAAACGACGACGAUUGUUCCGGUUACCAUGGAGACGAAGAUUACGAUGCUGUGGAAGCAACAACGAAUAUCGAAGAUCAAACUCGUCAAGUUUGGAAGAUAUCCCGUCAACUUCUAAAGAGUCAAAAGUUUUAUCACAACAGGGAGUUCCCCCUGCUCAUGUAUUCGAAGCUGCAGUGUCUGUACAUCAAACUUAUAAAUCUGGAUCCCAAAGUAUUGGAAGCACUAGUGAACCAGACAAACAAAAUACUUUGGAAUGCCCCCUGUGUCUUGUAGCUCAACCAGUGAAAAACUUUCCAUUGUUAUCAACGUGUCCCCAUCGUUCGUGUUCUGAGUGCUGGGUGCAAUAUCUGACCAUAGAAAUAACAGAAUCAAGAGUGAACCUGAUGUGCCCCGAGUGUCAGGAGCGACUUCAUCCUUCCGAUAUGCAGACCAUCCUCAGUCAUGAACCGGAGUUGGUUCGUAAAUGGGAGGAAUUUACUUUGAGAAAAACUUUGUCGGUCGAUCCUGAUUGUCGAUGGUGUCCUGCUCCUGACUGUGGGUAUGCUGUGAUCGCCCAUGGUUGUGCAAGUUGCCCCAAACUACAAUGUGGAAGGCCGGGUUGUCAUACUUACUUCUGCUACCAUUGUAGACAGUCCAUCUGGUUGCACUUUCUGGGGCAAGAAACCUUGGAGUCGUAAGAAGAAGAUUCUGUGGCAGCUUGGUUUGUUGGUUGGCGCACCCCUUGGUAUAGGGUUGGUGGCUGGGUUGGCCAUCCCUGCCAUUAUCAUUGGGAUGCCUGUGUGGGUGGCUAGGAGGAUAAUAGCUCAGUUUGAGAAUCGUGAGGUCUCAAAAUACAAGCGGAACAUAUUAGUUGCGUUAUGCGCGACAGGAACCUUUAUUAUUUCACCUGCAGUUGCAGCUCUUGCUGUUGGCAUCGGCAUCCCUGUUAUGUUGGUUUACGUUUACGGAGUCGUCCCGUUCUCAUUAUGUCGGUCGGGUAGUUACGGACUCCCUGGGCAGAACAAUUCAAACGUACCCUCUUUACCAGCGGGGUUCCCCUUUGACCUGGGGCCUCCUGGGGUCCAACCAGAGGUCACCCCCACCGACGACAACCCCAACUUUCACGGGGCUGAUGGGUCACUUAAUGCACGAUUAGCUGCCAUCAACCCCAGCAUUGGAGAAGCAAGCGUGGGUGGGAUUACUAUGGGUAGUUUGAAUACAUCGCAUGGUAGUAACAUGGAUAAAGUGGGAAGGGUGGACCAUGAUGGGGCGAGUACUGUAGCUAUGGCAGGUACGAGCAUCACUGGUAGUAUCUCUGGGUUGAGUGGAACAGCUUGUACUUUGAGCACAAACAGAGAAACUCAGGAAACGGAUCAACAAUCUACCCAUACACAAACAUCUGUUGGGUCUGCUCAUAAUUUCACAGCAGUUCAAGUCCACAUGAAUGAUUCUGUGUCCGAGAAAAGUUCACAAAGUGUUGCCUCGUCCAACUUGGUAUCGGAGACCAAGACCUCACAUUAUGGGAAACCCAUCGGUGCAAAGAGGAAAACCAAGCAUGCUAAACGUUCCAGCAGUUCAUCCAACAAACACCCCGUAGUUACCCCAACAUGUGAUGAAGCUCGUGGUGUCCCUCUGGUGGAGGAAGCGGUGCAACAACACCCACCACAAGGUGGUAGCAACGCACUAACCCAAACAAAUGUGCUCACUAUUGUAAACGAAUGUGAAACGAUCCCUCCCAAGUCCAACGAAGGUAGUAUCAGUAGUUGUAACAGCAACAGUGCUCUCUUGUGCCACACAGUGGAUGAAAACAAGGACACCCAAGUAUAGCUUGGUGGUGAGUAUUGCGCAAUAAUUGACUUUAUUGCGCAAUACCCCUCAACAUGCUCUUUCUUAUGCAAACCUUGUUUGUAGCAGAAGUGUUGGCACAGUACUACUAGUAAAACUAGAUAAUUUAUGUAAGAUAACAAUUUUUGAACUUUUUGCCAAUAUUUCAAACGUGUAUAUUAUUUCUUUGCCUUCUGCGUAUUGUGUAUAAAACGUUCUUCUGUUUUUGUCCUUUAUUUAAAAACAUCUUAGAGGUACGACACCCGUAGACCUGGCUUUUGCUGGGUUGGUUAGGCGUUUAUUUAUUUCCUUCCGAUUAAAUGAGAUUACUGUUAUGCCCCUGAUUUAAAUAAACUUCAUUGGAAAUUA